AGUUUUGUUAUCAGUGAAUGUAUCACCUUCAAUUUAUUUCAAGAAACUAAAUCAUAUUAAUAUUUUGAUUUGUUUUGAUUAAGUAGGGUUUUCUUGAGUAGAGGUUGAAUAUAUAUAUAUACACCCUGCAUAUUUUUCUUCUUAUUCCUUGUUUACGUACUCAGAGAAGUCCAACAAUGGCUCCUUUUUUCCGCCAUCCCAUCUUCAACAAGCCUCGUCUCAAACAGCGUUACCCAAAGCCUGCUUUUAAACCCUCUCGGCCACAACCUCGGCGUCUCGACCAGUCGAUGAUGAUCAGCAACCAAACCCAUGUCUCAACUGCACUCGCAACACACCUUCUGUCCGACAAACACGACUUCAACGUUGUUUUCUCACCCCUCUCGAUCCAGGUCGCCCUGAGCGUACUAUCUGCCGGUUGCAAAGGUGAAACACUUGACCAACUCCUGGCUUUCCUUAAAGCGGAUACUAUGGAUGACCUCAACUCUCUCUAUUCGGAGCUUGUGUCCUCGAUAUUAGCCGACGGUAGCCCUGGUGGCGGACCUAUAUUGUCUUCUGUAAACGCAGUUUGGGUUGGUGAAAACUUUUCUCUCAAACCAUGUUUCAAACAGGUUGUGGACACCGUUUAUAGAGCCGCUUGCAAACAAGUCGAUUUCCACAAGGCAGAAGAGGUAGCCGAUGAAGUGAAUUCAUGGGCCAAAGAGCAAACACAUGACCUUAUCAAGGAAGUCAUUACUGAUAAACAAGUUACUGAUGACACAAUGCUCAUCCUUACAAAUGCUAUCUACUUCAAGGGAACAUGGCGUCAGCAGUUUGAAACCUCAUUGACUGAAGAAGGUGACUUUCACCUCCUCAAUGGCAAUAAAGUUAAAGUUCCCUUUAUGACCAACUACGAAAAUCAAUUCGUACAUGAAUAUGAUGAUUUCAAAGUAUUGGGUCUUCCUUAUUCGCAAGGUCCAGAUAAGCGUAAGUUCACAAUGUACUUUUACCUCAGUGAUGCGAAAGAUGGGCUUCCGUCUUUAAUAAAGAAGAUCGGUUCCAUACCCAAUUUUUUUGACCAUCACAUUCCACGAGAAAAGGUAAGAGUCGGGGAGUUUUUUAUACCAAAAUUUAAGAUAGAAUUCGGGUUUGAAGCUUCUGAUAUGUUGAAGAAAUUAGGCCUUAAACUCCCUUUCGAGUUUGGAUCUCGAAUCACCGAAAUAGUGGACUCACCAAACCUUUAUGUUUCGAGCGUCAUCCAUAAAUCUGUUGUGGAGGUGAAUGAAGAAGGUACAGAAGCUGCAGCAGUCACUGUAGUUACAUUAGGUACUGGAUGUCCACGCAGGAAAAUUAUGAUUAAAGAUUGGGUUGAUUUUGUGGCAGAUCACCCGUUCUUGUUUGUGAUUAGAGAAGAUGUGACCGGAGUCGUGUUGUUUAUGGGACAGGUGAUUCACCCUAGUUAGAAGUAUCUGAGUGUCCUUGUCUUUUGUUUAUGGACGGUUACAUUACUUUUUGUGUUUGCGAAUUAACAACUUGAUAUUGGGGUUUUAUAUAUCUA